AUGAACGACCAGCAAGACUCGCAAAGCGCUGCAGGGUUUGUUGCUUUUGGUGAUUCUUAUAGCGCUGGCAUUGGUACUGGUGUUGAUGGUGUCGAAGAUGAGUGCCGACUUGGCUCCCACGCACACCCGGUUCUGAUCUUCACCGAUCUCGCCAAAAGUCAGGGAGCGAACGCGGCGACCUUUCAGUUCCUAUCUUGCACCGGUUCGACGACCGACAAUGUUCUGUCCGGCGGCGAGCGCAGUCAAAUUGAUAACUUCAACACAUCCAUCAAUGCCGACUUCGCCAUUCUCUCUAUCGGGGGCAACGACCUUGGCUUCUUCCGGGUUAUGAACGCUUGUAUCUUCCGGUUCUACAGUUUCUACUCCGGAACGUGUGAGGCGGCUCUGCAGGACGUAUCUGACCGGAUCGAGGGUCCCGAUUUUGAACAGCGACUAGAGAUGGUGAUAAUGGAGAUACUGGACAAGGUCCACUGGGAGAAGCGCCCGUGGUUUGUCAUUACUGUCACCGGAUAUGCUCGGUUCUUUAGCGUCGAGACUGACGAAUGCGACAACUGUACUCUGGGUGUCUGGUGGCAGGGUCCGAAGCUCAAGAGGGAUGUCCGUCAGCGGAUGAACAACAUGGUGAUGGCAGUCAACGACAAGCUCAAGCGAUCCAUCGAUGCGGUCAACUCAAGGUUCACAACUCCCAAGGCCAUCUUUGUCAAUUACGACGCCAGGUUUGACGGGCAUCGUUUCUGCGAACCUACCGUGACGGAGCCUGCAUACAACCGAACCGAGACUUGGUUCUUCCUUGUCGGAGGCAAGGAUAACAACCCAAACGUGACUGACCCGACGCCGGCCCCCAACGGUACGAGCAUUCGUACUGACGAUGCACGAAGCCGUACCCUGUCGCCGCUGUCGACGCUCGUGGACCCAGAUACCUGCCUAAGUCCGGCCGAGGGCUCGGGAGACUGGGGCCUCAUGGCCCUGUGUUACAUGGCAAGGGCUAAGCGGGACGAUCCGUCGCUACGAUUUGCUCGUGAGGAUGUCAUGAUUCAGAAUUCCAUGUGGUUUACAGAGAAGCCUCGGUCAUGA